AAAAUAGAAACAAUGUCACUUUCCUUUUUUCUUUUCUUUUAAUUUUAAAGGUGAUUAAGAAUGACUUAAUUACAGACAGUUAAUUAACAUAAUUGAUGAAGUUAUGCAAGCAACACAAAACAUCUUAAAAUAUACCGAAACAUGAUUUGUGUGUAUCAAGAUAGUAUAUGCCAUGGGUGGAGUAUACAUGACAAGUUUUUGUUUUUGUUUCACAUUUUUGGUACUGUUGAAUGGAGUGACAUCUGGAAAGGUUGAAGCUAUCAAAACCAAUUUAGUAUUUGCAGUUAAUCAAACUGCUCAAUUGCAAUGGAGAGUUACUCCUGAGAAUGGAGAACGUAUAUAUGUAGUAGAGAUGUAUGUUGUAGGAACUCUUGCUGUUAAAAUAAUGUUUGGAUUUCAGACUGCAGCAAAGCCACUACAGGCUGGUAAAACAAUGUUUGGUGAGCGAUUAUCUGGACGUUUUUCUAAUAGCACCUAUACGCUAUUCAUCAAAAAGAUACAGUUUAACGAAAACAUGUCUUUCAGAUUCGAAGCUGCAUUUCUAUUACAAUCAAAAGGUCGGUUUGAAAAUGCAACAGUGGUUAUAAAAGACGUUGUAGGUGGACCUGAUGUGUGUGGGAUUUCUCUAAAUUCGAGUUACAUUGUCAACGAAGGAAAACAAUUAUCUUUUAUGAGCGAAGUUUGUGGAAAUCCAAAACCUGUUUUAACUUGGAAAUUGCACAACGAAUUAGACUAUUCAUAUUCUACCGACGUUGUGCUCAUGAAUAUCGUAUCCAUGCGAUACAGAUAUGUUUAUAAAACUCGACGUCCCGUGACACGUGAAGAUUGUGGAACAAAGCUAGUUUUCAAUGCCACUGGUGCAAAUGGAAUGAUCAAGGGAGAGACACUAAUAGAUGUAGCAUUUUGCCCUCGAAAAUUGCGGAAGGUAAUCUUUUACAAAGAUAAUAAUUGUAUAAAUGGUACAUGGACAAGUGAAGCAACUGGCAAUUGUGCGCUUAACUAUCAUUUGCAAUUUGCAGAAAGAAGUGAUAUUUUGAAUACAACCGACACACAAUACGCUGUAUGCAACAUAUUCAAUGUUUCCAGUGUAAUUAUUUGGGCUUCAUAUAAAAACAAUUAUGGCAAGAAAGCAAUAGUAAAUAUCAGUUUCACAACUCCAGCACCAUCUACAAAGGUCGUAGAUGCUUGCAAACAUCCUAUAUCGUUUGAAGCAAAAAUGUUGGAUACGAAGAAAUUAUUUGUAACAAUAAUUAUAACGCUGGUUGUCACGCAAAUAGCAAAUAUAUGUAUUUAUGGAUUUGUGAAGCUUAGAGGCGUUAAGACUAAUUGCAGAAAUGAAAAAGGCGCAGAAAAAGACGAUGAAAAUACCCAAGAUUAUGAAGUAUUUCCUACCGCAGAAUCCCAUUAUACAGGUCUUCAAUUGGAAGCAAGGAAAGAAGCUGCUUAUGCCGAUUUAUCACCAGCAACUGCAAAUGAGUAUUUAGAAAUUGGAACAGAAGAUAAGUCAAAACAAAUGUAGGCCACUGGAAGAAAAUUCUCAUUCUGAUUAGCCUGUCCUAUACAUUUUAUUGAUUUUUGUUAGCCCUAUUCAAGCCGGGGUAUAGGGGACGAGUGUAGUCCGUGGGGGAGGGGGGUAAAAUACCCUAUACCACUUGUAUUUGGUUAUAACUUACAAAACGUGGUAAGAAUGAUGUCUGUCACAUGACAAUUAAAAUCAUAUGUCAAACGCUGACUUCCAGCAUUUUUUUUGUUGACGUCAGCAUUUUUUUUAAAUUUGUAUAACUUCAUGAUAGAUUUUUAUUUCUUCUUUUGUAAAUAUUGAAAAUAAUAUUAAUUUUAAUGAUUAAAUUAAUAUUUUAGCUAAUUUGGCUUAGUUUAAGACCAUUUGUAGCGCCAACGUAGCAAAUAUUCUCACAAAUGUAUUUGGAGUAAUCAUAUGAUCGUAAAAAGUCAAAUAUAUAUGAACACCUGGUUAGAGACAAUUAUAAAAAAAAAUUAUUGACAAUCAACGCAGCUAUCGAAGUUUUAGUGAAAACUAAAAAAAAGUGGCGUAAGGGGGGCGUUCCCUUAGUAUGAAAAAUAACAACCACGGGCAUCUAAGGGCGAUAAAAGCGAAGGGCGCAAGUUAUUUGAACAAAUUUAGACAUAUAAACGUAUAUGUUUACAUUUUAAGUCCAUUAUAAUAUCUAUAUACCGGAAUGCUAAAAAUAAUUGGAACAGUGCCUUUCAAAAU